GGCAAGGUUAUGUAAUCUACGCAUGCAGUCAGUAGCUGUGAAUAUUUUUUAUCUUCAGUCGCGUGUAACUACUAUAAAGUUAAACUAUUUGGUUUUAUUACACGAUGCGAUAGUGCGUGCGUGUUCUGUAAAUAGCGCAAUAUGGAAGAAGAUAAUCGCUGCCGACCUUACUGCCAUCACAUGAAAAUAAAAGCCUGUGAUGCUAAUAUUUACAGAUAAGGGUUGCAAAACCAAUUGUUGUGUCUGAAGCAACAGCAAUCUCUCCUGCUGAGCACAAUAUAAUCGAAUUACCUACAACUGAAAGGUGUCUAUUGUAAAAAUGGACAAGAAUUUAUAUUUAUCCUCAUUAUUUGGUGGUGGGAUGGCUGGCAUGGCUGUGGACAUGUCACUGUUCCCUCUGGAUACAUUGAAGACAAGACUGCAAGCCCCACAGGGUUUUAGACAGGCUGGAGCAUUUCGCGGCAUUUAUAAAGGAAUUGGGCCACAGAUCAUUGGCAGUGCACCACAAGCUGCUUUGUUUUUCUGCACCUAUGAAGCAGUCAAAAACUUUGCAUCUCCACUUGUGCACACAAGUGCUUUGCCUGUGGUGUACAUGGUGGGCGCAUCUCUUGGCGAAAUUGUCGCAUGUUUGGUGCGCGUGCCAAUGGAAGUUGUUAAACAACGCCGACAAGUGAGCCAUCACAGUGUUGUGCAAAUAACGCUAGCAGCGUAUCGGAAUGAAGGAUUUAUGGGUCUGUAUAGAGGUUUUGGUUCGACUGUGAUACGUGAGAUUCCCUUUUCGUUCAUACAGUUGCCUAUAUUAGAGUACCUGAAGCAAGUCUACAGCCGAAAGUUAAACAAUUCGGAAGUUUUAAACUCUUUACAAGUUGCAAACUGUGGUGCAGUGGCCGGUGGAAUUGCCGCGGCCGUGACAACACCUUUAGAUGUUGUUAAAACACGAAUAAUGCUUGCGGAGCGCAAUCAGGGAACGGCAUUAAAGUAUGCGGAUGUUUGGAUGUCCGUCUAUCAAAGUAAAGGAUUCAAUGGAUUCUUCGCCGGUAUUGUACCGCGAGUGAUGUGGAUAACCAUCGGCGGCUACAUCUUUUUCGGCAUGUACGACUAUUCCAAAGCAUUCUGCCAAACCACUCUACUUGCAAACCCAUCCUCGUCUUCCAAUUAAUUACAACUAGAAUAAACCAAAUGUUGUUCACGUUUAACAUUGUUUCUGUUUCAAAAAACGUGCAAUCAAUAAAAGCCGAAAUCAACUUUAUAA